AUGGCUGGUNGUAACAGGUAUUUUAUAUGCAAUACAGCUGUAGCAGGACCCGAGUCUAAAGCUACACUAGAAGAUCUAGGUUGUGUUUAUCUAGAUUACAAAGAUGAAAAUUAUAUAAAAGAUUUAAUAUCUUUGUCAGGUUUUGAUAUAAUAUUGGACUGUGCCGGAUUUGGCAGUAAAUCUACAGAAUUAGUGGCACUUUUAAGAACUGGUGGUUGUGUUAUAACACUGGAUAGUCCUGUACUCAACAACACAGAUCAACAGGGUUUGCUACAGGGAACUUUAACAAGCAUUGGAGAACUAAUUAUAGCGAAUAUAAAAGCUGUGAGUGCUGGGAAUACUGUUAGAUGGGCUUAUUUUAAACCAGAUAAACAGGGAUUAUACGUAAUAAGUGAACUGAUGGACCAAGGCCGGUGUUCUCCAAUAAUUGAGAAAUCCUUCUCUUUCGAACAGAUUCUAGACUCUUAUGAAUAUUUUUCAAAAGAAAAAACUUGUGGAAAAAUUGCAAUAACUUUUUAAAUUUUCCAAAUUGUUAUUAAAAU